GUGUAACACUGAUGAAUGCUGCAGGUGAGAAUGCAGACUCAGACACGUGACUCAGGGGUCUGGGAGUGUGUGAGAAGAACCUGCAGAACUGAAGGAGUCAGUGGUUUCUACCGUGGGAUGUCCAUGCCGCUGAGCACCGUCUCCAUCAGCUCCUCGCUGGUGUUCGGCACCUACAGGAACGUCCUGCACCUGCUGCAGGAGCUGCGGCACAGAGGCGCAGCCGAUGCACACCGUAAAGCUGAUUUAUUUGUGUCUGGGUUUGCUGGAGGCGUCGCUCAGGUGCUGGUGAUGUCACCUGCAGACAUCGUGAAGGUGCGUCUUCAGUGUCAGAGCGAGCUGCCGGACUCCAGGCCCAAGUACCGCGGCCCGGUGCACUGUCUGCUGAGCAUCGCGCGGGACGAGGGUCUGCUGGGGCUCUACAGGGGCUCCGCUGCUUUAGCGCUGCGUGACGGACCCUCCUUCGCCACCUACUUCCUCACGUACAACAGCAUCUGUGAUGCCCUGCGCUCUACAGACAGCAGCCAGCCAGGCUGGACGGUGGUUCUUCUGGCCGGCGGUGUGUCUGGGAUGUGUGGCUGGGCCGUGGGGACACCGAUGGAUGUGAUCAAGGCGCGUCUGCAGGUGUCCGGUGUGAGCGGCCGGCGCUACAGAGGAUUCUUCCACUGUCUCUCACACAGCGUGAGGAGCGAAGGCCCUGCUGUUCUCUUCAGAGGUCUGACGGUAAACUGCAUCCGUGCCUUUCCGGUCAACAUGUCCGUCUUCGCCAUGUAUGAACUGGUUGUUCGUUUUCUGCGUUCGCCGUCAUAGAUCACAUGUGAUUCCUCACUGAGGACGGUUUGCAUCAGUGUUUUAUGAACCGCACAGCCAGACGUUUCUGUGCUCCGCUGUGAUUUUAUCACGAGCUGCAGAAGCUCCUCAAGCACAUAAAGUACAGAGUGAAUAUUUAUCCUUUGUAUUAAUAUAUAUUUUAGUGUGUUUUGCAGUGUCUACCUCCAGAUCCAUCUGUGCAUCAUGAAUGUUUAAAGGAAUAGUUCAGCCAGAAAUGAACAUUUGCUGAAAAUGUGCUCAUCAGAGAUCAGGAUGAGUUUGUUUCUUCAUCAGGUUUGUAGAAAUGUGGCACUGCAUCAGUGUCUCAG